AAAGGCUCCCUGCUGCCUAAAGAAUAAAGAUGCCUUAAGAAGCCCCUGGAAGGCUGCAUUUUUACCCCCGCCCAGGCUCCAGUCAUCAGCUCCCCUCGGACAUGGCUCUCUUCUCAGCUGCCCUCUGCCUGGUGACUCCCAAGUGCCGGGGGUCCUACUCCUCUUUCUCGAGGUUCAAGACCUAGGAGACCAGCGCCCAGGCCGCAGAUCGGGGCUCAGCGGGCGCUUGAGUGGAGAUCCAGUCUUGGCAGGGCCCAGCAUUAGCGGUGAUGCCAGUCAACACAUCCCUGAGCCUCACUCACUUUGCCUCUGUGCAGAGGGGCCCAGGAUACCCAACUCGUCUCGGUUCUCUGACGACUAUGGAAAGAGGAAGGAGAAACUAGGAGAUUUUCUUUAAAUCGCUGAUUGACCUCUUCGCAGAGUUACCGUGGCCUUCAGAACUAUUGCGGAAGCGGGAGAAGAUUCUGUAACUGAGAGGCAUUCUUCAAGCUGCUGGAAAAUAUUACAGAAGGAACACCUCCCAAAUGUUGCCUCAAGCUCUGAGAAAAGGAGCACCCGGGGGAACCUUAGUGUGGCUGUGGAUCGAAGCGAACCCUGUGGGAGCGAUGAGCGGGGACUUGGUGCGCGGACGCCUGGCCUGAUCUCGAGAGGCCUGAGUUUAUGUUGGUGGAACUGGCGGGCCGAGAGGCCCCGAGACCAGCAGGUGCCGUCUGUAUGGAGAAGAGCGGCUGUGGUCCAUUUCCAAUGUGUUGGGCUAAAGAUUAUGACAGAUACAUAGCACCAAGCAAAAUAAUGGCAGCUGCUUACCUUGACCCAAACUUGAAUCACACCCCGAAUUCGAGUACCAAGACCCAUCUGGGUACCGGAGUGGAACGUUCCCCCGGGGCAAUGGAGCGAGUGUUGAAGGUCUUUCAUUAUUUUGAGAACAGCAGUGAGCCAGCCACUUGGGCCAGUAUUAUCAGGCACGGAGAUGCUACUGAUGUCAGGGGCAUCAUUCAGAAGAUAGUGGACAGUCACAAAGUAAAGCACGUGGCCUGCUAUGGAUUUCGUCUCAGUCACCUGCGGUCAGAGGAGGUUCACUGGCUCCAUUUGGAUAUGGGUGUCUCCAAUGUGAGGGAGAAGUAUGAACUUGCACACCCACCAGAGGAGUGGAAAUAUGAAUUGAGAAUUCGUUAUUUGCCAAAAGGAUUUCUAAACCAGUUUACUGAAGACAAGCCGACUCUGAAUUUCUUCUAUCAACAGGUGAAAAGUGACUACAUGUCGGAGAUAGCUGACCGGGUGGACCAGGACAUCGCUUUGAAGCUGGGCUGCCUAGAAAUACGGCGCUCGUAUUGGGAGAUGCGAGGCAACGCGCUAGAGAAGAAGUCCAACUAUGAGGUGUUAGAAAAAGAUGUUGGUUUGAAGCGAUUUUUUCCUAGGAGUUUACUGGAUUCUGUCAAGGCCAAAACACUAAGAAAACUGAUCCAGCAGACGUUUAGACAGUUCGCCAACCUGAACAGAGAAGAGAGCAUUCUGAAAUUCUUUGAGAUCCUCUCCCCAGUGUACCGAUUUGAUAAAGAGUGCUUCAAGUGUGCCCUCGGUUCAAGCUGGAUUAUUUCAGUGGAACUGGCGAUCGGCCCAGAAGAAGGAAUCAGUUACCUCACGGACAAGGGCUGCAGCCCCACACAUCUGGCCGACUUCAAUCAAGUGCAGACCAUUCAGUAUUCCAACAGCGAAGACAAGGACAGGAAAGGAACGCUGCAGCUGAAAAUCGCGGGCGCCCCCGAGCCUCUGACAGUGACAGCACCGUCCCUGACCAUCGCCGAGAAUAUGGCUGACCUGAUAGAUGGGUACUGCCGGCUGGUGAACGGAGCCACGCAGUCCUUUAUCAUCAGGCCCCAGAAAGAAGGUGAACGGGCUUUGCCAUCAAUACCAAAGCUGGCCAACAGCGAGAAGCAAGGCGUGCGGACACACGCGGUCUCCGUGUCAGAAACCGACGACUAUGCUGAGAUUAUAGACGAAGAAGAUACCUACACCAUGCCCUCAACCAGGGACUACGAGAUUCAAAGAGAAAGAAUCGAGCUUGGACGGUGCAUCGGGGAAGGCCAGUUUGGGGACGUACACCAAGGCGUCUACAUGAGUCCAGAGAAUCCGGCUUUGGCGGUCGCAAUUAAAACAUGUAAAAACUGUACUUCGGACAGCGUGCGAGAGAAAUUCCUUCAAGAAGCCUUAACGAUGCGCCAGUUUGACCACCCCCACAUCGUGAAGCUGGUCGGUGUCAUCACGGAGAACCCCGUCUGGAUAAUCAUGGAGCUGUGCACGCUUGGAGAGCUGAGGUCGUUUCUGCAAGUGAGGAAGUACAGUUUGGAUCUUGCGUCUUUGAUCCUGUAUGCCUAUCAGCUUAGUACAGCUCUGGCGUAUCUGGAGAGCAAAAGAUUCGUGCACAGGGACAUUGCUGCUCGGAAUGUUCUGGUGUCCUCAAACGAUUGCGUAAAAUUAGGAGACUUUGGAUUAUCCCGGUAUAUGGAAGACAGUACUUACUACAAAGCUUCCAAAGGAAAGUUGCCUAUUAAAUGGAUGGCUCCAGAGUCCAUCAACUUUCGACGUUUUACCUCAGCCAGUGACGUGUGGAUGUUCGGUGUGUGUAUGUGGGAGAUACUGAUGCAUGGUGUGAAGCCGUUUCAAGGAGUGAAGAACAAUGAUGUGAUCGGUCGAAUCGAGAACGGGGAGAGAUUACCAAUGCCUCCAAAUUGCCCUCCCACCCUCUACAGCCUUAUGACGAAAUGCUGGGCCUAUGACCCCAGCAGGCGGCCCCGGUUCACUGAGCUCAAAGCUCAGCUCAGCACCAUCCUGGAGGAGGAGAAGGUUCAGCAAGAAGAACGAAUGAGGAUGGAAUCCCGAAGACAGGUCACAGUGUCCUGGGACUCCGGAGGGUCCGACGAAGCGCCACCCAAGCCCAGCAGACCUGGUUACCCCAGUCCACGGUCCAGCGAAGGAUUUUAUCCCAGUCCCCAGCACAUGGUACAGACCAAUCAUUACCAGGUGUCUGGCUAUCCUGGCUCACAUGGGGUCACAGCCACGGCUGGCAGCAUCUACCCGGGUCAGGCAUCUCUUUUGGACCAGACGGACUCAUGGAAUCACAGACCACAGGAGAUAUCGAUGUGGCAGCCCAACGUGGAGGACUCUGCGGCCCUGGACCUGCGCGGGAUCGGGCAGGUGCUGCCCACCCAGCUGGUGGAAGAGCGGCUGAUCCGGCAGCAGCAGGAAAUGGAGGAGGACCAGCGCUGGCUCGAGAAAGAGGAGAGGUUCCUGGUCAUCCUGAAACCUGACGUGCGGCUCUCUCGAGGCAGCAUCGACAGGGAGGACGGGAGUCUUCAGGGCCCGACGGGAAACCAACACAUCUAUCAGCCUGUGGGUAAACCAGAUCCCGCAGCUCCGCCAAAGAAACCGCCGCGGCCUGGAGCCCCCGGUCACCUGGGCAGCCUUGCCAGCCUCAGCAGCCCCGGGGACAGUUACAACGAGGGCGUCAAGCCAUGGAGGCUUCAGCCCCAGGAAAUCAGCCCCCCGCCCACUGCCAACCUGGACCGGUCCAACGACAGGGUGUACGAGAAUGUGACGGGCCUGGUGAAGGCUGUCAUCGAAAUGUCCAGCAAGAUCCAGCCAGCCCCCCCGGAGGAGUACGUUCCCAUGGUGAAGGAAGUCGGCCUGGCCCUGCGGACAUUACUGGCCACCGUGGACGAGACCCUUCCGGUCCUGCCAGCCAGCACUCACCGAGAGAUCGAGAUGGCCCAGAAGCUGUUGAACUCCGAUCUGGGCGAGCUCAUCAACAAGAUGAAGCUGGCCCAGCGGUGCGCCAUGACCAGCCUACAGCAGGACCACAAGAAGCAGAUGCUGACCGCCGCCCACGCCCUGGCCGUGGACGCCAAGAACUUACUCGACGUCAUCGACCAGGCCAGACUGAGGGCACUCGGACACGCGAGGCCGCGCUGAGGGGCCCCCCGGGCCUCGGGGAGGACACGCCCCGGCGCCCCGCCAGCAGCGAGGGGCUCCCCGCGCCCGGGGCUGUGACUGACGGCCGGUUCAGAACCUCUCUCGGACAAAUUUAACCGCAUUUGAUUUGAGUUCGUUGUUUGGUUUUGUUUUUCUUUAAUCAUGGUGUUCGGAAAAGUCCAGGAUCCAAAAUGUGGCAUUUUUCUGAGAAUGAAAAUUGUUCGUGAGAAGCUUUCAAGAAUCACCAAGAACAGAUGACCGUCCCAUGAGGGCGUGUUUCUGUGGAAACGGCCCAGGCGGGGCCGUGCGUGCGGGGCCUGAGCCAGCUCAGCUGCGCACAGGCAGAGGAGACCGGGCGGAGAAUUCCGGGAAACCCGAGGGGCUGAGAACUCUUCUGCGUGUGCAGAGUGGCCAGCCAGACCGGAGUUUCUGCUGUGAGGACGCCCUUCCGUCGCAAUACGCAAGCAGCACUCUAAGAGAACAUCAGAGCUAUAUUUUGAAGACUUGGGUCAUUUCAGAAACAAACAGAACAACAGCCACCCUUCUGUCCUUCCCGCCUUUUACUUUCCUGUUGGAUAUGUGAAGAUUCGGUUGGAAGCUAGCUGUAGACCACACUAAAAACUUUUGUCUUUUUUCACCAGAAUAAUGUGCCAGUUUUUUGUAGCAAUGUUCUUUCUCUUGGAAGCAGAAAUGCUUUGCACCAGAGCACCUCCAAACUGCAUUGAGAAGAAGUUCUGGAACCAUCCCUGUUUUCCAUUUUUAUAUAAUUUAUAAAGAAAGACGAAAGCCAUGUUGACUAUCUUGCAGCCACUAGAGCUGACUAACCCUUCCUUGUGUCUGUCUUCCCAGGAGGCGAGUAAGCAAAGCAGAGAGAGUUGGUUUUCUUUUGAUGUCCAGUUACACCAUCCAUUCUGUUAAGUAAUUUUGAAGAGUAUACCCUCCCUUUAGUUUGUCGGGGGAUAUAAAUUAUUCUCAGGAAGAAUAUAAUGAACUGUACAGUUACUUUGACCUAUUAAAAAGGUGUUACCAGUAAA